AUGGCGGCAAUGGCGAACCUUGUGAAUACCAUGGAGGCUAAUGCUACUGCGACUCUGCAAGCUGUGCAGAGGUUAGGCCAGCCGACCGGAAACGGAAACGGGAUUGGCGAAGGAAAUGUGGAUGACAAUGCUGAAGGAAACGGAGAUAACACGGGAGGCGUCCCGAUGACUUUGGCAACUUUCCUCAAAUUUCAUCCACCAACAUUCCGAGGAUCAACUAAUCCUACUGAAGCGGACCACUGGUUCCAGGCUAUAGAGCGUGCUUUACUGGCGCAGCAUGUUCCACACAAUCAAUAUGUCGAGUUUGCUGCUUAUCAACUUACGGGAGAGGCCCAGCCAUGGUGGCAAGCAGAGUGUCGCUUGCUACAGCUACAGAACGUUGACGUUCCGUGGAGUGUGUUCCAGACAGCCUUUUACAAGAAGUACUUCCCUGAGUCUGCAAGGGAAGCAAAGGAGAUGGAGCUGAUGCAGCUGAAGCAAGGUUCCAUGUUUGUGGCAGAGUACACCAACAAGUUUGAGGAGCUUUGUAGGUUUUCUAGUGUGUGUCAGGGUGCCCCGGAGACUUAUGAAAAAUGGAAGUGUAUCAAGUACCAAAGAGGCUUGAAGAACGACAUCAUGAUUGUUGUGGCUCCUAUGGAGAUUCGUAUUUUCUCUGAUUUGGUGAAUACGGCAAGAGUGGUUGAAGACUACACGAAGAUGGUAGCCUCGUCAAAGGAGACUUCUGGAGGGAACCCUAGUAAUGAGUGUGACGAUUGCCUUGGACCAAGGGGACCGAGCUUUAAGAAAGAUGGUUGCGCUCCUCAACAUCUGCAAGGUCAACAGAACUUCAGAAGGGACAACAAUGCGCAGUUUUACCGUAUGAGGGAAGCCCAUCUAUGUUUCACUUGUGGGAAGCCGGGACAUAUAUCUAAGUACUGUCACCGCAGAAGGGACCGAGAGAAGGGCCAGAGUCAACAAUCAGGCCAUAUCAUUACAUCGGAUGCACGUGAGGCAACGGGGUCGGAUCCUUCGACGAGAGUUUUGCGUAAUGUUACAAAAGUAGUCUUUGGUUUUGAAACUACGUCGAAAAUUCUUGGUUUGGAAGAUAUUGUUUAA